UCCUGUUUACUGAGCCUCUUCAGGACCUCCAGCACCGCUAAAGAAUCAGACUGGACCAGGACAGCUUGUAUUCCAGCAGAGCAAGAGAAAAGAGUACAUAGGUGCAAGUAUCUCAUUUUUGAAACAUAGAAAAUGGUUAAGAUGUCAUUGCGGACGGUGGCUCUAACUGUCACCCUGCUGCUGGUGCUGACAGAAGCGUGGGCGCAGAACCCAAGGAAGAGGCUGGCGCCACCCAAGCCUCCAAAGGCGCAGUGCUGCGAUGAGGUGCGCUCCCUGAAGGUACAGGUGGCCAACCUAACCAGCCUCCUGGAGGAGCUGAACCGCAAGCAGGAGGCAGACUUGAUGAACGUAGUUCGGCAGAUGAUGGAGCUGGACAAGCAGAACCGGCAGCAGGAGGCCCGCGUCACAGAGGCCGAGAGCAAGUAUUCCGAGAUCAACAACCGGGUGGAGAUCAUGCAGCUACAAGCCGUCGAGUCUGCCAUUCAGACCUCGUCAGAUGCCGUCUACGACUGUGCAUCCCUGUACACCAAGAACUACAAGAUCUCUGGGGAGUACAAACUGCCUGCAGAUGACUUCCUGAAUACCCCUGAGAUCAACGUAUUCUGUGACAUGGAAAGCAAUGGCGGUGGAUGGACGAUCAUCCAGAGACGCAAGGUGGGCCUGACCUCCUUCAACCGCGACUGGAAACAGUACAAGAACGGCUUUGGCACCAUCCGCGGAGACUUCUGGCUGGGCAAUGACAACGUCUUCCGUAUGACAAGGCAGCCCAGCACACUGAGGAUAGAGAUGGAGGACUGGGAAGGCCAGACCCGCUUUGCAGAGUACAGCUACUUCACAAUGAAAAACGAGUUGAACAGCUACAAACUCUUCAUCGCCAACUAUAGUGGAAACGCCGGGGACUCUCUGCGCUACCACAACAACACCAACUUCAGCACCAAGGGCAAGGACAACGACAAAUGUGUGGACGACUGUGCUUCACUACGCAAAGGUGGUUACUGGUACAACUGUUGCACUGACUCCAACCUGAAUGGCGUGUUCUAUCGCUAUGGCGACCACAUCAAGAACUCAGAUGGAAUCACUUGGUACGGCUGGCACGGGCCCAACUACUCCCUGAAGAGGGUGGAGAUGAAGAUCCGGCCACAGAAUUUUCAACCAUAA